AAGAAUUUGUAAAACAAUCACCAUUCUAUGAAAACUUAUUUCUAAUAACAAAACCAUCAAAUGUACUAUUCACAAAUGUUUACGGCGUACCAACUCUAUCCAAAACUGAUUGUUUUUAUAAUAAUCCAAUGUCAAACUUUUACGCUUCUACUUUAUCACAACAAGAAAAUAAAACAUUUCAUAAUAGACAGACGACAUUAGAAUUACAUGAAAAUUCCAUGACAUUAUCGCAACCAAUUAAAGCAAAAAGUCCAUCCUUAGAUUUUAUUCAUAUCAACGCAAUAGAUGGCAGACGUCCUGCUAGUGCUAGUACUUCAUUGUCUCGUGAUAGUGGUUUACCAAAAUCUUCAUUAGAUUAUUCUUCAAAUGUGUCAAUCUCACGUUCUCUAGUUCAAGAACAAAAUUUUUCAACACUUAAAAAUAAUAGUCAUUCUUAUAGAAAAUUACAAAAAUUAAAUUCACAACGUUUAAAACCAAUACGACAAAUUGCACGAUUAAUUAUGUUUACUAUCUUAGAAAAUGGUGAAGUUGUAAUAGAAACUCUAAAAAUAAAAAGAAAAAAAAAACGAAUAAUUGAUGUUUGCCGAAUAUCAAUGGAUGGAAAUAAAAUAAUUACCUAUUCUCCAACGAAUUAUUCGUUAACUAAUAAUUAUCCAACACCAAUUCCAAAAGAUAAAAAUUCUUAUCAAGAAUAUAAUUUUGAUAAUUUGCCAGAAAUUCAUUGGAAACAGUAUCAACAUGCAUACAAAUUUGUUAAUGUUAUUCGUUCUCGUACACCCAAGAUUCAUCUAAUUACACCAGAAGCAAAAUGUCAACUAAUGGAAACAUCCGUGGAUUUUGAUAUCAAUUUUUUAUGCGGUAUUAGAAUACAGAUUUAUCGUGAAAAUCUUAAUAUUGAUGAUCGUUUAAAAGUUAAAUUAACAAAUGAUUUAGAUAAUUCAACAAUUAUUUUAGACUAUGAAAAAGCAACAAAAUUAGGAUUAAGUGAACAAUUUACAACACCGGAGUUACAAAAAAUAUUAGAAAAUUCACGUCGAUACUAUAAUUAUUGUCUAUCGAAGGAUUGUCGAUUAGAAAAUGAUCAACAAUUAUUUCCACAUAUUCAAACAUUUCCUGUUUUAUUCAAUGCACAAUUGGGAAAAAAAUUAAAUCAAGAAAAUUCGAAUAGAUCGAAUUUAUCUUUGUCACUUACUCGCUCUCGAUCUCAACAACUUGGUUCCUCUUCUACUAUUAAUGAAAUCGAUCAUUUUUCAACGUUACCCAUUAAAUGUGGAUUUGCUGUUAGUGAUACAGAUAUUUGCUCAUCGUCUCAACAUGUUUCAUUUAGACGACUAAAUGUUCAUUAUAAUUCUACGAACACGGAUCACACGGAACAAUCAUCCAUAUUAUCAACUUAUCCAUCAACUGCAUCAUUAAAUUCAAAUGUAUAUGAUAUUAACAGUUAUAAAUGUAAGAUGAGCAGUGUUUCUGAUGUUGAUUGUAUAUAUCAACAAGUGGAUAAAAAUUUUUAA